CCCACACAUGCGUGGAUGUCAAUCAGUGGUAAUGGCGGCAAUAGGUUACUCGAGACACUUCCAUUUAUUUUCCACAGGAGGACGACAACAUGAGACAAGGAAAAUGCUAAUCGAAGUUUUUAAAAAGUAAUCGAGAAUACAGAACUCCAAAGUUUAAUUCACGUGAAAGAAAACCGUUCAAUUGUUAAAAUGUAAUACAUUGCCAGACAAGAAGAGCUUCCUUGUACAUACGAUUCAGCUCACUAUAAAUUACAAUUUAAUUUUUUUUCCCUCAUACGCUUAAAAUGCUUGGCUACUGUUCUGAUUUCAAAGAAAUAAUGCGUAGCUUUAUAAUAUGUUAUAAAUCUUGUGGGACGUUAGGGACUAUUCAGUGCGCUGAAAUAUCUUAGCAUUAUACGCGUCUUCAAGGUGCAAUUAUCAUGUGUUUGAUUAACUGUCUGUAGGGUUAUAGGCAUGAUUAAAUAUUAUAUAAAAAAAAUUGUGACAUAAUUCUGUGCGUUUAUGACUGGCAUGACGUAUUAUUCAAAGGAGACAAAUGUUGAAAUCAUGUUGUUAACAAGAGAGACAAAUAACACCGGAAAAAACAUUGACUGUUUAUUCCAUUUUAAAUACAUCGGCGGUUCCUAAACCGUUCGUCUGCGAAAUUAUAAGGCUCCAUAACAGUCUUUAUGGGGCUCCACAAGAGAUAUUUAAAAAAAAAUAAGUAUUUAAUGUAUUUUAAAAUAAAGCCAAACCUGCAGCGACUGUAUGGUCAGUUGGUGUCUGAGCAUCAAAGAAGACAAUAAAUGACGUCAGUAUGCUUUUUCUUUUGAUUGGCACAGAAGAUGUAUGUGAAAAAAGAAGGGUGGGUGGACAUGAUGUAACCUGAAAUAUAUAUUUUGUAACUGUAGUUACUUCAUCCCGUGCAGGUCAGCAUCUGAGCCCCAGGCACCAUCACCAAUUAGGGCGCUUGGAUGUUCUGUAAAAGUAUCUCUCGUAAGUAUGAUCAAAAAUGUGACUUAUUUAAUGUGGAUUUUCAAUGGAAUAAUGUAGAUAGAGAUACGGCCGUUAGUCAGCAUUCAAGAAGAAAAGUCCUGACCAGGAUUUCCAAGCUGCUUCACGUAUCUCUGGUUUAGUCUCAAAAAUGGAUCUUCAAGUCAAUGGGAAAAAAAAAAGUUAUUUUUUUGUACACGUAAAGUGGCUCAUUCAAUGUUGCCUACCUCACUGGUGCAUUCAUUCACUGUGCCUACCUCACCGGUACAUUCACUCCCUGGUUCUACCUCACUGGUGCAUUCAUUCACUGUGUCUACCUCACUGGUACAUUCAUUCGCUGGUUCUACCUCACUGGUGCAUUCACUCCCUGGUUCUACCUCACUGGUGCAUUCAUUCACUGUGUUUACCUCACCGGUACAUUCACUCCCUGGUUCUACCUCACUGGUGCAUUCACUCACUGUGUCUACCUCACCGGUACAUUCACUCCCUGGUUCUACCUCACUGGUGCAUUCAUUCACUGUGUCUACCUCACUGGUACAUUCACUCCCUGGUUUUACCUCACUGGUGCAUUCAUUCACUGUGUCUACCUCACUGGUACAUUCACUCCCUGGUUUUACCUCACUGGUGCAUUCAUUCACUGUGUCUACCUCACUGGUACAUUCACUCCCUGGUUUUACCUCACUGGUGCAUUCAUUCACUGUGUCUACCUCACUGGUACAUUCACUCCCUGGUUUUACCUCACUGGUGCAUUCAUUCACUGUGUCUACCUCACUGGUACAUUCACUCCCUGGUUUUACCUCACUGGUGCAUUCAUUCACUGUGUCUACCUCACUGGUACAUUCACUCCCUGGUUUUACCUCACUGGUGCAUUCAUUCACUGUGUCUACCUCACUGGUACAUUCACUCCCUGGUUUUACCUCACUGGUGCAUUCAUUCACUGUGUCUACCUCACUGGUACAUUCACUCCCUGGUUCUACCUCACUGGUGCAUUCACUAACUGUGUCUACCUCACCGGUACAUUCACUCCCUGGUUCUACCUCACUGGUGCAUUCAUUCACUGUGCCUACCUCACUGGUACAUUCACUCACUGUGUCCACCUCAAUGUUACAUUCAUUCAAUGUGCCUUACUCACUGGUACAAUUGGGAUUCUACAUCAAGUUACAACGUCAGUUAUUGAGGGUUUCACAGUGACAUUUACGGGGACAGAUUUUUAAAAAAUUUAAAGCGAUAUUUGACUUUUCAUGAAGAAUGUGUAAAUAAUUAUGAAAAGCUUGGAUCGAUUUUUCCUCCUGGUCUAUUUUUUCAAGAAAAAUUAUUUAGAAUUUUACAUUUUUUGUGCACUAAAUCAUUUUAGAAUAUUUAUUCCUUGCGAGAGGAUAUCUUUCUGAGCACUGCUCCUACUCCCCCCCCCCCCUUUCUUCUUGUCCACCUAGUCAUCGCACCAGUCUUCAGGCAUCUGCCGUAAGAAAAAACAACGAAAACACAAGCAAAGAUAAUAAACACACAAUACACAACGCACACACAUAUACCUACUAGGACACAUGCUACCGCGCACCUACAUGCCCAGCUAUAUUUCAGAAGCCCACCCAAUUUAUCAAAAUUACAAUUUUUUUUAAAGUAUGUAUACAUUCUGUAAUUGAUAAUUUAAGUCGAUGUUCAAUCAAUUUUGGCGAAAAAUAAUUCCACGACUUUUAUUUGACAAAUCCUUGGUACUCAGAAGUGCAUUUCAAAUUUUGAAAUAAAUUUGCUCAUUUUUUUUUUACCUACAGAAAAUGCUCCUGCACCUUCACGUGUUGGUGGCCUUGUUAGUUGGUGUUCACGGGGACACCAGAACCUAUCACAACUACACAAGGGAGACCGGGUGUUACGCCCCUGCCGACUCCACUCUCGUCAAGAGCAACUGCAUGGACCCGAGGGAACCCCGCAGUUUCCUCCACUGCAUCAGUCUGUGCAGCGCCAACGAAUGGUGUCGAGGUGUCGUUAAGGACGCCAAAGCCAAGUGCUACUACUACAGCCCGUGCAGCUAUCUGAAGCUAGGGAGCUCAUGCAGACCCGAGGACACGGAAAAGGUCAACGUUUAUCGGAAGCCUGGAAACGUAUCCGUUAUGACGGGCUGCGGCGCCGGAGGGAAGUACAACCCCGGAAACAAGACCUGCAGCUGCCAACCCGGAUGGUCUGGCGUUUACUGCGACACUGCCGCGAGGAGCUGCGAGGACGCGAAGACCUCCGGGUCAUUUUGGAUCGACCUCCGCCUCGCGAACGUCGUGAGGACUCAGUGUGAGGUCUCGUCCGGUGAGUACAAGCUGCACGCCUUCAAGAACGACGGGAGGUCCUACCACAACAGAAGCUGGCAGGACUACGUCCGUGGUUACAGAAUCGACGACAGCAACUUCUGGCUGGGCCUCGACAACAUGCACUACGUCAUCAACCGCAUCACCAACACCUUGCGGAUCGAGGUCAGUUUCGUGAACAGCUCUUACUCCCUCAUCUGGGACUACCAAGGCGUGUACAUCACCAGCGCCCAGUUUCACUACACCAUCACUGACUACCUGACCAUGCAGUGUCGGGGAAACCCGAAUAGCUUCUGCGGUUACAACAUCCCGAAAUGCCUCAUUCCGGGCGUUUCCUUUUCAACCAUCGACCGAGACAAUGACCCGGACCUCCUCGAUGACCUUGCCAAGACGGCCGAUGCCGGGUGGUGGUUCCAAGAUACAAGCAUCCUGUUCGGGAACAAACUCAUCUGCAACCCGCUGGGCAGACUACCGAGUGAGCUGGCGGCCAGGACAAACAAGGGCAAACUGAUCUUGCCGGGUCUGGACACAGAGAGAGGGGAGUACAUGAAAUCAUUUCAGCACGUGUCAAUGUACUUUUAUAAAUAAACGACGACUCUGAAUUGUAAUUAAAUUUCACCACAGGACUACGUCUGCACAGGACUACGUCUGCACAGGACUACGUCUGUUUGGAUUUGGCCAGUGAAACCUGUGAAGCAAAAUGUUACAUUAUGUCACGUAAUUGCAUUCAACAAAUGUAUUAUACACAGGUUAUAAAUCCUUAUUGUAGUAUUGCGAUGUUGUUUGUCAUAAGUGGUGAGAUGUCGGUAAUUAUGAAGGAUGCUAUGAAACAUUUUUUAUUAGAUGUGUUCCUGAAAUUCUGAAAGGAGGAAGAAACGCACUUGGGGCCACGCGAAAUGACUGGAUCCGGAGAUCCGGGUGGUCCAAGGAAAGUGUUUGGGAUGUGAAAAGGCUUAAUGAAAUGGCGCGCGUUGUUUGUGUUACGUCGGGAAUUCACAAAGACCCAAAUUGCACAUCAUUACUCAGAAGUUGAGCCCAUCAUCUGGUGCGGCACUGAGGCGGUGACGUACGGCGCUGCUACUGAACACCCAGUCAUGUCGUGUCAGCUCUUACAAAUGGGAUAUAGCCCCUGGAUGUCGAUUUUCCCCAGACUGCUCUCAUAGGUUCUUACGUUGUCAACUUGACGCCCCCGUGAAAGUAAAUAACACCGAAGGCACGCGCCUCUGCUCGCUUGUGUUUACAAGUUUCCAAACUUUCAUUAACAUUCGGUAUAAUGAAGAAAAUAAAUUACACUAAAAAUGCAC